AUGGUCUUUCGGUGGUCUUUCUUUGCCAUAGCAGCACUCGGCUGCUCAGCGCGACGCUUCGCCCAGGAAGUCGGCGUUUCCUGCAAAGAGCUGGACGCCACUGCCAUUCACCAGGGAAUCUCUGACGUGCUGUCUAAGUUGGAAGAACGACGCAGCAAGCAGAAGAACAAGGCAGCUUCUGUACUCAUAGCAGCAGAUGCGCAAGCCUUGACGACCCGACUCCGGGACGUUGCAUGCGAUGCAGCGGUGAAGGUCGCGGAGCUCCAGGAUAAGAUUACCUGGAAGCUGCGUUACUUGCAUUGGAUAAGCCGUUCCCGUGUUGCCCUGCCAUUUGCUUGGCCGUCGGACACUUGGCUACAUAUCUUCAGCGGGACUGACGGCACGGACAUCCGAAAAGCGGCAAAGGUGAUGAAGUAUGUCCACCUAUCUCUGAUCCUGACGUAUACAGUCCGCCAAGAAGCGACUGCGGCACUUCAGAAAGCGGCCAUGGGUGGAGAUGGAGGUGCAGUGGACGUGGAGACGGACGAUCUGUUCGUCGUCAUAUCGCCUGCGUAUGCCUUCUUUCACAAGGCCAUUGAAAAGGAAGGACGAGACGGCGGUCUCUGCGAAGUGCUGGAGAGAGGCGAUGCUUUCGGGGAGGCGUUCCACCACUUUGUGCAAAAGGUGAACGUGGUGCAAAUCGCCGAGUUCUGUCCGAGUCCUCUGGACGAAGUUCUUGGAAAGACAGCUUACGAGGUGGUAAGAGGAGAGGCCCCGGCGCCUGGUGACUGCUCCCAUGCCAAGGAGCCGCAGUGCCUGCAGGCGGCGGACAUGUUCUGUCCCUACUGCCUGGACUCAGACCACUUGGAAGCCGAGUAUUGGUUUCCUGUAGACAUGAUGGCUGCUACCGUGAUGAACGCACUGGCCGCUGGAGUGAAUGCAACAGUGGAUCAGCUCGAUGGCCUCUCCAAGAGCUGCAAGCACUUCUUCCAACACAAGUUCCUCGGGCCAGCAUUGCAUUGA